UCCUACAAAACAAUGGUGUAUUGAGUAUGAAGUAUUUGUACACAAAGAUAUUCAUCUAUAUUAUAUUCACCGGAAACACCGCGAGUUUCAACGGAUACAUUGAGAAUAUUCCAAGUUAUCACUCGAAGUACUUGCUAUCGAUUUGGUUAUUCAUGUCAUUUGUGGUCAUCAAUGUUUUCACGAAUGACAUCCGAUCUAUGAUUAUACUCACCAAAGAGGAUGUCAUCAAAAAGUUGUCAUCCGUUAAAGCUAUACUACAGUUGAAGUACAAUCGGAGUGUCAUUAUAGGCAACAGUGAAACGACAUAUACUUUAAUGAAUCUCUAUAAUGAGUACCGUUUGCGGCGAACCAAUGGAAAUGGAUCUAUAAUAUUGAUGGGAAUACCCAUUCAUAGGGGUCUAAAUCAUACCAUCAAACGACAACUCAAUAAAUUG